AUGAGCUAGGAUGGAGAAUCUCCUAAAUUAAAAAGACAUGGAUCAAGACAUGAUUCUACAGUGUCAUCAAUAAUAAAUAAUGAUAGAGGUCGAUAGAGUCUACAAAUUUUAAAUGAUCGAAAAGUACUUCUGUUAUAUGCUUCAGGAGCCACAGCAGCAGAAGGUGAAGUGAAUGAAUCUCAUAUGACUGUUGUCAAAGGUAGAUUAGAAUAAAGAUUAAGAAACAUUUCUUUUCUCUGUGAUCUUGAAUACACUUAAGUAUAAAUUAAAGCCAUAUCCUAAAGUACCAUAAUCAAGAUGGAUGUCUUACAACCCCAAUAUCUGAAUGUGGUAGAAGAACAGUCUAUAAAGUUAUGGAAUUAGAACAGAUAACAAAUUCUAGACAAACUGUAAGUCUUGUUCGUAAAUAUAGUCUUAUUCUGAUAUCAGACAUAUUGCAGAAAUCAUUAAGGAGAAUUAUGAAAAAUAUAGUGCUUUUGUUAUUUUGAGUGGAAUAGCAACUAUCACUUAUCUUGGAACAAAUCUAUCAUUUAUGCUAGAGAACUUAUAAAAAACUGUAAUAAUCACUGGUUCUUUGAUCCCUUUAUCUUUUAUGAGAAAUGAUGCAUUUUAAAACAUCUUAGAUUCAUUAAUCCUAGCUGGUAAUUUCUUAAUACCAGAAGUUCUGAUUGUAAUGGAUCAUAAAGCGUAUCGUGCUAAUAGAUGUAGACAAUUAAAAUGUGACUCUUUGGAUUGUAUUGAAAGUCCAAACUUUCCAAAUUUGGUCGAAUUCGGAAUUAAUAUUGAAAUUAAAUGGCAAUUAGUUUUAAGAAGAGGUGAGUAAAUGUUCACUAAUGAGGAAAGCACUUUAGAAUUAGCACCUCCAUUUGUAACAGAUAUUAUUAUAAUCAAAAUUACACCUUAUACAAGUGUUGAUCAUAUUAGACAUGUUUUAAAUACUCCUAAACUGAGAUGUUGUAUCUUAGAAUGCUAUCAUUUUAGUGAAAUGCCACAUAGCUAGGAGUUGUUUAAUGUAUUGAUUUAUGCACAAUAAUAACUGGGAAUCGUUUUAAUUCAAAUUUCUCAAUGCAUAAAAGGACAAACAAUCUUGAAUUUUAAAAAAACUGUAAAUGGCAUCAUUGUACAAUAUGAUAUCACUCCAGAAAGUGCUUAAGCAAAAAUAGCUUAUUUAUUAGGGAAAGGUUAUAGCAAUUAAGAAAUUAUUCAAAAAUUUCCAUAGAAUUUAUAGGGUGAGACAGAAUCAGUUCGUUAGUUUGAAAAAUUUGAAGGAUAAAAGCAACAUUUUAUUUAAACAAUAUUGGAGACUUUACAAAAAACAUCUGGAGAUGAGCAAAUUAGUUAGAAUAUGGAUAUAAUGAAUAAAUAUAUAAUACCAAAUUUGGGAUGCUUUUUAGCAACAACUGGAUAAUUAGAAUUGAUAAAAGACUUAAGGAAGAAUGAAGGGAAUUUAAAUAUACCUGAUUUUGAUGGGAGAACUAUAUUACAUUUGGCUGCUGCAAAUAAAUAAAUAGAGAUAAUAAAAUACUUAGUAGAGGAGGUUCAUGUAGAAAUAAAUCCUGCUGAUUAUUUAGGAUAUACUCCUAUGUAUGAAGUAUUGAUUAGUAGAGAUAAAGAAUUAUUAUUGUUUUUUUAAUAAAAUGGUGGAAUUAUUUCAGCCCCUCAUCAUAUUUUGGUGGAUUUAAUAUUAAAUUCAGGUUUGGAAGGAGAUUUAUAGAUGUUAGAAUUAUUAUUUCAUGGAGGUAUAAAAAAUCUGAAUGAUUAUGUAAAUGUUGAUAAUCGCAACAUAGGUCAUAUGGCAGUGAUGUCUAUGUGUUCAAAAAUAAUUAGAUUUUUAAGAUUCGUAGCUAAAUUCGACUUUAGUGAAAGAGAUAGAUGGGGGAAUACACCAUAUGAAAAUGCAAUAGAAAUAAAAAGUAAAAAGAUUAAAGUACAAAAGAUGAAUGAAGUGGUAAUUGAUGAAAUUAUUGAGAUGUUAGGAAUUAUAGGAAAUGAUUGA